GAGGUGGCGGCGCUGGCGUACCUAAUAUGACUAUGGGCGUGAGUGUGGCUGGGAACAUGGGUGGGUGUGAGGAGGUGGGCGUGGUGUCCUGCCCGGUGUGCAGCAAGAGGGUACAGCUCUCGUACCUGUCGCUGCACCUCAAGCGGACCCACGACUCCCUUGAGGUGCGCUGUCCCCUGUGCGCCAAGAUGUUCAAGAACAAGCACAGCCUGAGCGUGCAUCAGGCCCGCUACCAUCCCCGGAACAUCCACACAGUGCCCAUGGGCGGCGCGCCGUCCUCGUCUUCCACGCCCGUGUCCCCGAGCGGGCAUCACGCUCUGCAGCCGCACAGGCCAGCCACGCCCACCUACCUCCAGCCUCCCUCGUCCAAUCAGCUUCACCAGAAUCAGCAGCAGAUCCCCAGUACGCCCACCCCCUGGGGCCUCCCCACGGGUAUCCCCCCCGGCCCCCCCGCCUCACAGACCUCUGGGAUCUGGUACCACACCCACACAGAGGAGGGCACGCCCACAACGCAAACUCCGCCCGCACCUCAGCGCCCAUACACGCCAUAACCUCCUCACUGCCUCAGGUCUGGACCUUCUACGCGCCUUCGAGUACGGCGCGACCGUCACGGACCUCGGUCUGCACGGCGGGGCGCUCGGCGGCACGUACCUGGACGCGAGGGGAGGCGGCCUGCCUUCCGGUGUGUGUGGCGC